GGCUAACGAGGGUAGCCAGGGUCGAGAGCAUUGAGGCUCACUCUUUCUCCUCUUCUCUUCUUUGUCCGAUACUACUCCUCUCUUCUCUUUCUUCUUUUUCUUUUUCGAUUUGUAAACCCUAGGGUUAGAGGAGUAGCGGCGUGAGGAAGCAAUUACUGCUUCGGGAGAGAAACGGAAAUAGUGAAUUUAAGAGGAGGGAGGUGCUGUUUCAUGAUGAGUUAUGGAGAAGAGGGAAUCCUAGGUUGGUAAGGUUAAUGGUAGGGUUCAGAGGAACCAUGCACAACGGAAGGAGGACUAUAAUUGAAUUGAAACAAGUGGGUGUAGCUAAAUGGGGAACGAUGAAGGUGGUGAUGAGAAAAAAAGAGUGGUUUUUGUGACUGUUGGGACAACCUGUUUUGAUGCUCUUGUGAGAGCUGUGGAUUCUAACAUCGUUAAGCAAGCCUUGUUUGCUAAAGGAUACACCCACCUUUUAAUUCAAAUGGGUCGAGGAUCAUAUCUUCCCACAAAGUCUGAAGGAGAUGCUUCUUUGGCUGUAGACUACUUCACUUUUUCAUCCAGUAUUGCAGCUCAUCUCAGAUCAGCUUCUCUUGUCAUCAGCCACGCAGGGUCCGGUAGCAUAUUUGAGACAUUGCGGCUUGGCAAACCUUUAAUCGUGGUCGUAAAUGAAGAUCUGAUGGAUAAUCAUCAAAGUGAACUAGCCGAAGAACUUGCUGAUAGAAAACAUCUGUAUUGUGCCAGUCCUCAAACACUACAGCAAACUAUAGCGGAUAUGGAUUUAAGUUCUCUCUGUCCUUACUCUCCAGGUGAUGCUACACCGGUGGCCCAGCAUAUAAACUGUUUCCUUGGUUUUCCUGAUGACUGAUCUAUACAGCCUUUUUGCCCCUCUUUUGUGGUUAAAUGCCAUUGGGAAGGAUAAUAAUGAAUUCUUGUCAUAUUUUGAUGCCAUAAAUAUUUUGGUCUUAGGAAGUGAAGUUCAGGUUAGUUUAAGUAAUGUCUUGUGACACUUAACAGGGAUGAUAUUCAAUUUUGAUAAUCUUCGAAUGCAUUAAAUAUUCAGUCUUAGUGUUGAAUUGAAGUGUAAUGCACAUGAGGGUUGGUACUAAA